UUUGUUGGGGCCGGACGGUCACACUCUGAACACGGCUCUUUCCGGUUGAGUUUUUUGACAAAUCAACAACACAACAGAAAAAUGGCCAAGCGCACCAAGAAGGUUGGAAUCGUCGGCAAGUAUGGUACCCGUUAUGGUGCCUCGCUCCGUAAGAUGGUCAAGAAGAUGGAAAUCACGCAGCACAGCAAGUAUACUUGCUCCUUCUGCGGCAAGGACUCCAUGAAGCGCGCCGUUGUGGGCAUCUGGUCCUGCAAGCGUUGCAAGCGCACUGUCGCCGGUGGUGCCUGGGUGUACUCUACCACUGCCGCCGCCUCCGUGCGCUCGGCCGUCCGUCGUCUCCGUGAAACCAAGGAGCAGUAAACAAUGCAAUGGACCGAUCCAAUCCAAUGCUCCGUUAUGCUAGUUUCCGUAGUUUUAAAUUGACAACGCGAUUUUCCUGUGGUUUGCGCCGUGCCGGUCAUGUGAAAAUAAAAAAUGGUUUUUACUUUUAUCGGUAACCAAAAGUGA